UCCUAACUCGAGCUAUUCUCCAAUAGACUUGACUUCUUCACAUCCAACAUCACUGUCGUUCUUAAUGCACUCUCUCCUCUCUUUCUCUCCCUAGGUGGUCCCUCAUUUCUUCCUCUUUAUAUUUCUAUUACCACUUUCUCCAUUUCUUCAUCUCUUACAUCUAACACUGCUCAUUCACUUUUUCUUUUUUUUUUUUUUUUUUUUUUUUUGUUGUUGUCAAAACCACUACAUGUUCCAUUUAUACACUUGCUAGCUUGGCUUUUGUUGGUUUUAAUUGAAUAUAUAAACCCCUCGCCAACCCUCCUACCAACAGAUACAAGAAACUUGGUCUUAAUUUCUCAAAGAUGUCGAGCCGAAGGUCGUCGUCGAGGCAGUCCAGCGGCGGCGUUUCCCGGAUUUCAGAUGAUCAGAUAAUUGCACUUGUCUCCAAGUUACGCCACCUUCUUCCUGAGAUUCGUGACAACCGAUCUGACAAGGUAUCAGCAUCCAAGGUUUUACAAGAGACGUGCAAUUACAUUAGAAGCUUGCAUAAAGAGGUGGAAGAUCUAAGUGACCGACUCUCUCAGCUUUUGGCUACCAUUGAUGCCGAAAGCGCCGAGGCUGCUAUUAUUAGGAGUUUACUUAUGUAAUAAUAAUCCAACUUUACUAUUAUUAUUUAUUAGGUUCGGUCGCUAGGUCCAACAUAAACUAGAUUAUUGUUUAAGAUGCUUACCCCCAUGUGCAUUGUAAUUACUUAGUAUACUAAAAAGACUUGCAAUAGCAAAGUCUUUUAAUUGUAAUGACAAUAUGUAUGACUUAUAUAAUUAUGUUUAGCUUUUCAUAUAUUUAAAA